UCUAUAUAUAUUGUAGGUUUCAGUGGAUACCUGGUUGAUCCCUUCUCUCUAUUGUCUGGGAAGAAAGAAGUGAUCAUGGCUCCUUGGCCUGAGUUGGAAAACUCUCAAACCAAUAACUAUACUGAAGACUCCUCCAAACAAGACAAGGCCAUGUCUGAAAAAGGUGGAGAAAAUCACAAAGACCAUGUGGGUUCACUUCGAAGUAAAGGUGGACUUCAGCCUGCACAUUCCAACAUUGCCUUGAUAGAUGAGCCAGGGCAAGAAGAAGACCCUUGGAGUAUGCCAGUGCUUCAGGACACUGGGGUCAAGUGGUCAGACAUGGAUAACAAAGGAAAAAUCAUCAGUGUGCUCACAGGGAUAGCAAAAUUUAUUGCCUUGCUUGGACUACUCUACUUCUUUGUGUGUUCCUUGGAUAUACUGAGCUCUGCCUUCCAGUUGGUAGGAGGUAAAGCAGCAGGGGACAUUUUUCGAGAUGGUUCUGUGCUGUCAAAUCCUGUUGCUGGUUUGGUGAUUGGAGUUUUGGUGACAGUCAUGGUGCAGAGCUCUAGCACUUCCUCAUCCAUUAUAGUCAGCAUGGUGUCUUCUACAUUGCUGAGUGUAAAGGCUGCUAUUCCUAUCAUAAUGGGGGCAAAUAUUGGUACCUCAGUCACAAACACAAUUGUGGCGCUCAUGCAAGCUGGAGACAGGAAUGAAUUUAGAAGGGCCUUUGCUGGAGCUACAGUCCAUGAUUUCUUUAACUGGCUCUCAGUGUUCGUGUUGUUGCCCCUUGAAGUAGUGUCUGGUUAUCUUUAUCGUCUUACUAAUGUUAUAGUUGAUUCCUUUAAUCUCGAGAGUGGUGAAGAUGCCCCUGAGCUGCUAAAAGUCAUCACAGAUCCUUUUACAAAGCUUAUCAUCCAGCUUGAUAAGUCAGUAAUAAAUGCAAUUGCUACAAAUGAGGAAGGAGCAAAAAACAAAUCCCUGGUAAAGACUUGGUGCAAAACUAAAACAAAUGUGACAAUGCAGAAUGUCACCAUUCCGGCCUCAGAAAACUGCACAUCCCCUGACCUUUGCUGGACUGAUGGAAACUUGACAUGGACCAUCAAAAAUGUGUCUCUCACAGAAAAUAUUCAAAAAUGCCAGCAUCUCUUUGUAGGAACAAAUCUUGCUGAUCUUGCUGUCGGUCUCAUCCUGCUUGCAGGGUCUUUGAUAAUUUUGUGCACCUGUUUGGUGCUGAUAGUUAAGUUACUGAAUUCUGUGCUUAAAGGACAAGUGGCCUCCGUUAUCAAGAAGACACUCAAUACCGAUUUCCCAUAUCCUUUUUCUUGGGUAACCGGAUACCUGGCAAUGCUUGUUGGAGCUGGUAUGACGUUCAUUGUUCAAAGCAGUUCUGUUUUCACAUCUGCUAUUACGCCACUCGUUGGUAUUGGUGUUAUAAGCAUUGAGCGCGCUUACCCACUUACGUUAGGGUCUAACAUUGGUACGACCACGACUGCUAUACUGGCCGCUUUAGCAAGUCCAGGCAGUACAUUAAGAUAUUCAUUACAGAUUGCUUUGUGUCACUUUUUUUUCAAUAUUUCUGGGAUUAUUCUGUGGUACCCAAUACCUUUCACCCGGGUACCAAUCCGCCUCGCAAAGAGCUUGGGGAACAUAACAGCCAAGUACAGAUGGUUUGCUAUUUUUUAUCUGAUCCUCUGCUUCCUCCUGAUCCCGUUGGCUGUGUUUGGUUUGUCGGUAGCUGGCUGGCAGGUCCUUCUGGGCGUUUGUGGUCCCAUCCUACUUGCUUUGAUUACAGUGAUUGUGAUUAAUGUUCUGCAGUCCAAACGGCCAAAUAUACUGCCUACAAAGCUCCAAAACUGGGAUUUCCUUCCCAGGUGGAUGCACUCCUUGAAGCCAUGGGAUAAUGUGAUAACUUCUGCACUCUCCUUCUGUGGGAGAUACUGCUUCUGCAACAAGUGCUGCAAAUGCUGCAAAGGCAACACGGAAGAUGAGCUGGCCAAAGACAAGCAGGAAAAGGCUAUGGCAGUUUAUGAUAACACGGUUGAAUUGGCUGAUGAAGAAAAUUGUGUUACAAAGACACAACCAGCAGCUGGUGGUGAGAAAACCUACUCAGACAACACAGCCUUCUAGGAGGGGAUCAAUCUAUAAUAGCAAAGAUACAGUAUAAGACAAUCAAUCUCUUGAAAAUCAGCUUGGGCAGUAUACUGAGGAAUGAAUGAAAACUCAGUUAGGUUCUUGUAUCCAGUGGUAUACUACUCAUCAAGGAAUGCAGUAGAACAAAUUCUACAUGGUUCCCAGAAAGUCUAAGAUCAGGUAAAAAGCUAAGGAUGGAUUUUUAUCUGGAGGAUCUACUAUAUGAAAUGUUAAUUCAAGGCCAGUAAUACUAAACAAAUAAACGUUGAUAUGCAGUCCCAUUAACAGAAUCGCUCCAAUGAGUUGAGACAUAUGAACUUAAAAAAACACUCUGUAAUGUGCAGAACAUUCUCUCCGAAUUACAGGGAUAUUAAACUACACUCACCUGAUGAUACCACAAAGUUUCUGGAAGAGGCAAAAAAUCAGAAGAACGAAAAUGUUUUCAUA